GAGCCCGUCAACGGUGGGUCUUCCUGGUACCUCAUCGCCGGUGGGCGAGUGGACUCGCAGAUCUUUGUGUGGGACAGCCGGUGGUUGGCUAAUCCUCUGGUCGUAUUGCACAGGCGUGUGGAAAAUUAUCAGCGUUUUCACUUCGGUCUUGAUGCCACCGGCCGUUACCUCUUUACCGGCAGCCAGACAGGUACAGUCUCCAUCUUUGACUUUACCUCACCGACAGUCGGUGUGGGUGAAAAGGAACCUGCCACCAUGUUUCCUGUCUCUGUGUGGCGCGCCCAUCCGGACAGUUGUCACGGCCUCUCGGUUCAUCCCACACUACCGGUGGUUGCCACAACGUCUGGCCAGAAACGGCCCUCUCUUGGCACCAAUAGGAGCCGGCAGAGAAAAACUGCAGCGGAGGUUCUCACACCGUCAAAACGGUUGUGUGAGCGGUGCAAGUCUGCAGAAGUGGUGGAGGCAGAGGAAACUCCUGUUACCAACCCCACACCUGUCUCUUCUGACUCGGACUCAGACUCGGCAUCCGAGGCUCAGUUGACUGAGGUUGAGGCCAUUAGUGGUGCCAUGGUCGUGAGUCCGCAGCUCGACCGCAUGCCCCUUGAGGGUCGCCUUUACCGGCUCCCAAUCAAAAAUGAGUUGGCGCUUUGGUCCUUCCCGAAGAAAAGCAGAGAGGAGGUCUAA